AUGGCACCUGGUAGAACUAAUAGAGAGAUCUUAACCGGUGGUAAGAAGUAUGCCCAAAAGCAGGCCAAGAAGUAUGGAGUUGAUGAGGUAGUAUUUGAUAAAGACUCCCGUCAGGAAUACUUAACAGGGUUCCAUAAAAGAAAAUUGCAAAGACAGAAGAAGGCACAGGAUUAUAAUAAGGAGCAAGAUAGGUUAGCUAGGAUAGAGGAAAGAAAAAAAAUGAGGGAUGAAAAGAAAAAGGACAUUGAAACUCAGCUCAAGAGGUUCAACGAGACGGUUAAAGAAAUAACUCAUUUCAACGAUAGCGACGACGAAGCUAGUAAUAAAGACAACGAAGAAAACGAUGGAAAUUGGGCUGGCUUUGGUGACGACAACGACAGUGAUCAAAAUGAUGAAGAUUCCAACAGUUCGGCAAAUAAUAAGCAUAAUCUUCCAAAAGGAAUUCUUCAGCAUAAGGAGGUGUACAAAGUAGACGAAGACCAGCUCUUACCCGACUCCAACGCAAUAAUAGAUGAUGAAACUACUGUGACUGUUGAAUCCAUAGAUAACCCUGCCGUUUCAAGUGCUCAGCAAGAAGAUUUGGACGCAAUUGCUAAAGCUAAUAACGUUAAUUUGAAGAAAUCUGACGAAAUACUAGAUGAAUCUAUAAAGAGGGCUAAGAACUAUGCUGUCUUAUGUGGUGUAACUAAACCUACAAGCAAAGAUAAAGUUAAGAAGAAGAAGUUUAGAUAUUUGACUAAAGCUGAAAGAAGAGAAAACACCAGAAAAGAAAAAUCGAAAAAGUUUAGCAAUAAGAAGAAAUAA